CUCCAGUAGAGAGUAGGAGAUCUAGGCAGAACCUAGAGCGCUUGUCAACGCGACGGAUUGUGAAUAAGUUUGUUUUUUUGACCCGUUUUGGAUCCGUUAUGGAUUACAGUAGAUAUCGAGAUGUGACAACGGUGUAUUUGCGUCUUUAUAUCACAUGCUGUCCGUCGGAAAGUUAAAUUCAUCGGGAGAUACGCCUUUGUUGUUUGUAUUCGCUGGGGCGCUAUUCUAACGGAGCUGAACGCUGCCAGCCAGUCAACUGUAGGUGAUUUUAUUUAUUUGGAUGAACGCACCGGUCUUAUGUAAGGCAUCAGAGCUGUUUUCUAUAACUUGAUGCCCCUGGUGUGCACUAGACGCUACUUAUGCAUUUGGUUGGAGGAUUUAAACGAGCAACCCUCUAAGCUCCUAGAGCCAGCCAGGUCAUCUCUGAACGUCAUUUUCACUUUUACUGGUGUCCUUUUGCUACAGAAGUAACCGCUUAAGUGCAACAGCGUAACGAGCUACAAAUGUAACCAACCAGGUGAAACAUUGUAACAGAUGUUGCCGCCUAAACUGCAACAGUGUAACAUGUAAAUGCAAUAGUAGCAUGUGCGUUUCUUGUCUUUCAUGUGGCAAAGUGGAGCUCCAAACCUGGAUUAUCUGUCACAUUAUAAAUGCAGCCAUCUAAAAGAAGAGUUGUUGGUGAAUUUUCUAUCUGAAGUGGCUCUUCAAGUCUGGAUCAGCUGUGGAUACUUUGUAAAUUUGAUGAACACAUGGUGAUGAGUGACAUCUGGACUGUGAACUCAAGAGACAUGCUGGUUCUUCUCUGUUGUUGUGCACAUGUGAGGACAUGUCAAUGUCAGCAGCAUCGCCAUGCAUCCCCUUGAUGGCCGAAGCAGCAUCAGCAGCACCCUCAUGCCCAGCGCCGUCUACCCGUCUCUGGUCGUCGGCAUCGCGGCGGCGGUGCUGCUAUCUCAGCUCGGCUCUGGAGGACUCACCCUCACCUCGUUUUUCCUCAAACUCUUUCUUUAUGUGUCCUUCGCGUUGUUUUGUUUUCUGCUGGGGAGUUUCGGGCUGCUGGUGAGGAAAAGUCCACCGAAGAUCAGCAGGUUUGACACGACCAAGAGACAGUCGUCGAAGCUGGUGGAUUUAUUUCAUAAGCUAAUGGGCCGGUUCUGUGUGCCACUGCUGGAUUUAGCCCAAACCAGGAGGGUGGUGGUGUCUCUCAAUGUGGAUAAGGCCCUUAAAGAAGUGUUUGAUUACAGCUAUAGGGACUAUAUUCUGUCAUGGUAUGUCCCCUUGAGUCGAGAUGAAGGUCAGCUGUAUCAGAUGCUAUCAGAAGAUUUCUGGGAGAUGACCAAACAGCUGCGAAUGCGUUUGACUGAUGUGGAUGUGGUCAACCUGGUCUGUAAUGACACUGUGAAGACCCUCCACACACACUUCUGUGACCUCAAAGCUGCUAACACAAGGCUGGAGGAAGUCCCACGUCCAUUUCCGUUGCAUCCGUGUCUGCGCAGUCCUGAUGAGGAGCUGCGUUUCCUGCGCUGUUGUGCUCGUCUGCUCUUGCUGCGUCUGCUGCCUGUGAAGGAUGCACGCUCACGCAGCCUGCGACUCUUACUGGUGGAGGUCAUCGCUACUAAAGUGCUGAAGCCGCUGGUGGAUGUGUUGAGUGAUCCAGACUACAUUAACCGGAUGCUGCUGGCUCAGUUGGAACACAGAGAGCAGUUGAACGAGCAUCAUAAGAAAGCAUACACAUAUGCACCGUCCUACGAGGAGUUCAUCAAACUCAUCAGCAGCAGCUCAGACAUACAGUUCCUCAAACAGCUCAGGUAUCAGAUAGUUGUGGAGAUCAUUCAGGCGACCACUAUCAGCAGUAUUCCACAGCUGAAGAGACAGAAAGACAGUAAAGGGAAAGAGGCUGCCGCACUGAAGGCCGAUCUGUUACGUGCCAGAAACAUGAAGCGUUACAUUAACCAGCUCACGGUGGCAAAGAAACGGUGUGAGAAACGGAUCCGGCUCCUGGGGGGACCGAACUAUGAGCAGCAAGAGGACGGAGCCCCGGAUGAGGUGGACGGUCCUCAGAGCCAACGGAUCCUUCAGUUUGAGGAGAUCAUGACGAACUCAGUGUACCGGGAGCAUUUCCGUGUCUACAUGGAGCGUGUGGAUAAGAGAGCUCUGAUCAGCUUCUGGGAGCUGGUGGAGGUGCUCAAGAGCGCCAACAAGAAUGAGGUGCCACAGCUGGUGGGAGAGAUCUACCAGAACUUCUUUGUGGAGAGUAGGGAGAUCUCGGUGGAGAAAGCUCUUUAUAAAGAGAUCCAGCAGACUCUGGUGGGGAACAAGGGCACAGACGUGUUCCACAGGAUUCAGGGAGAUGUUUAUGAGACCAUGAAGGAGCGAUAUUACCCUUCGUUCCUGGUGAGUGACCUGUACGAGCGGCUCAUGAAGCGAGAGGAGCAGAGGAGCAGCUCACAGUCCAGCAGUGAGGAGAAAGAUGAUGCUGGUCAGGUGAUGGAGGGAGGUGAGGUUGCUCUCGAUGAAGGUAGCAGGGGCAUCAAUGAACAGGCCAGUUACGCCACCACUAAACUACACCAACUCUACGAGAGACUGGAGUACAAACGGCAAGCCCUGGGCUCCAUUCAGAACGCACCCCGACCUGAUAAAAAGAUCGUGUCAUUGCUGAAGGAGGAAAUCGGAGCAAUGGAGAAGGAGCACAGUGACCUGCAGCUGCAUAUAUCACGAACAGACUGCUGGUGUGAGAAUCUGGGCACAUGGAGAGCUGUCAUCAACAAUGCAGAGGCCUCUGAGGAGAACGGCGAGCAGAUGGCAUGUUACUCUGUAUCCGUGAGUCUUUCAGAAGCAGACGAUUGCAAGAACAACCGUUGGAGUGUCACCAGGAAACUCAGCGAGUUUCAGGCCCUGCACAGGAAGUUGUUGGAGUGCUUCCCAUCACUAAAGAAAGUCCAGCUUCCCUCUCUGAGUAAACUGCCAUUCAAAUCUAUUGACCAAAAAUUUCUUGACAAAUCCAAAAAUCAACUCAACACAUUUUUACAGAAAGUGCUGACAGACGAGCGCAUGUGUCAGAGCGAGGCUCUGUAUGCGUUUCUCAGUUCUUCACCAGAACAUCUGAAAGUCAUCGACAUCCAGAAGAAAUCCUCAUUUUCUCUCGCAUCCUUCCUGGAGAGACUGCCAGGAGACUUCUUCUCACACCAGGAGGAUGAAGCUGAGGAUGACAGUGAUCUCUCAGACUAUGGUGAUGAGACGGACGGAAGAAAAGACGCGCUGGCAGAGCCCUGCUUCAUGCUGAUCGGAGAGAUAUUUGAACUCAGGGGCAUGUUUAAAUGGGUGCGGAAGACACUAAUUGCACUAGUUCAAGUCACAUUUGGACGGACUAUAAACAAGCAAAUCAGAGACACUGUAAACUGGAUUUUCAGUGAGCAGAUGUUGGUUAACUACAUUAAUAUAUUCCGGGACACGUUUUGGCCCAACGGGAAACUGGCACCUCAUAACAAAACCCGCUCAGAGACUGAACGCAAGGAAACAAAGGAGAGGGCACAACAGAAGCUUCUAGAUAACAUUCCAGAUGCACUUCAGAAUCUGGUGGGGCAGCAGAACGCGAGAUACGGGAUCAUCAAGAUCUUCAAUGCACUUCAGGAGGCCAGUGCCAACAGACAUCUCCUCUACAUUUUGUUGGAGAUGCUUCUUAAAGAACUGUACCCUGAGCUGAGCGUAGAGGCCACACAAGCCUGAACAACAUCACACACGCAGCAGAAGAUGGCUCGUGUCUCUCUUAACGUGCUGGACGGAUGCUUUUGAGGUUUUUUCCCCCCAUUGUUUUAUUUCUGAAACACUUUGUAGAGCUGGAUCUAGGAAGCACCAUGGCUUUAGAAACAACAUGAGUAUGUUUGUGUUUUAAUCUGUUCUUGUGUUUUUCUCUCGUGGGAAGAACAGGCUAGCUCACUGCCAGCUGCCAUGCUCUGAUUCUUUUUCUCUCAUUUUCUUUCUUCUGAGGGUUGUUUUGCUUGGUGUGCUCUAUAAUGUGAAGAACAGUGGAAUGAGUGUUAUAUAUCUGUAAAAAAAUAUCUCCCUAUUGUGAUCAUUAUGAAGGCUUUUAAUCGUGCAAUAUGUCAUGUACAGUUAUUGUGAAGGUUUUGUUUGUGAUAUUAUUGUUAUUUUUAACAAAAAUAGACUAGAGCAUUUAUAAGCAAUAAAUUGCAAAAGACGA